AUGCAUAAAGUUAUGAGAGGAGCGGCUGUGGCAGUCUCGGGCGAGAUCAAGGGGAAAACAGCGAACAUUGCGGGGGAUGUGGUAUCUAAGACAGCGAACAUUGCGGGGGAUGUGGUAUCUAAAACAGCGAACAUUGCGGGGGACGUGGUGUCGAAGACAGCGAAUAUUGCGGGGGAGAUGGUGUCUAAAACGACGAAUCUCAAGGGAGCAUUGAAGACCUCGCUUACCUCGCUAGGGAGCCGUCCACAAGCCACUAUAAUCCGACAGCGCCAACCCCUUGGAGCCGCGUCUGCCUCUGCAGAGUCCAUCGAAGCACCGUCGGGCCCGGACGAGUCCUCGGAGCAUCGCAGAGCAAAUCUGUUUCCAUCAAGUCUUCCGCUUCCCUUUUCCCGUUGCAAUGUGCUGCAAACUCCAUUUCCCAGCAGGAAGAUUGACGCUGACGUGGCAGAAUACGACUCCUUAGAGCUGCGACAGCCUCUGCUGAGUCCGUCGAAGCACCGUCAGGGCCGGGUGAGCCCUCGGAGCAUCGAGUAUCUUUCCCUCUGGUCCGACGUUGACCGCUACUUCCCAAGCGACCGCUCCAUCAGCUUCGAAGAUUCCACCCUACCGCAGUCCACCGCCUCCCACGCCUCUUCUACUCAUAACCCCUCUGCUGCCUCCUCUGUCCGCGUCUCCAUCCGCGAGUCUAUUCGCGAGCCAGGCGAUGAGGAGCAAUCGGACGGCACACGUUCGACAUGUCCCACCCUCACCCCUCCGGCCGACCAAUCAGAGGCUUCGAUUGCAUGUGAUCAGGACCCCAUCAGCUUCGCGCAACCCAGCACGCAAGCGGUUGAGAUGAGUGGUCCAGAUUGUAUCGAGAUAGAGGGAGAUUGCAGUGCAGAAGAGGUGUUUGUGGUUCCUCGGUUGGGGCAUGAGGAGCCGGGGGAGGAGGACGGGGAGGAUGACGGGGAGGGGGGCGGAUUGGGUGAGCGUAGGCGCGCGGGGGAGGAGGAGUUCAGCAUGGACCUGUGGCUCAUGGGGAGCAGCACCGCGGGCGGGUUUCCUGCGAGCAGCUCGCAGGGCCAACACACUCCCGCUGCCCGGGACGGCCUGCCCCCCCCUUCUCCGAGCCUCCCAAACAGCCAAUCGCAGGGAGAUGCUGCGGGGAGGGAAAGGGAGGGAAGCGCAGGAGCGGCCAUGUCAGCGCAGAUGCGGAGUGAUGUGGAGGCAGGCGGGGAUGGUACUAGCGGGGGGAAAGCAGAGGGGGGGGAAGCAGAGGGGGGGGAAGCAGAGGGGGGGAAAGCAGAGGGGGGGGAAGCAGAGGGGGGGAAAGCAGAAGUGGGGGGAGCAGAGGGGGGCGGAGCAGAGGGGGGGGGAGUAGAGGGAGGGGAAGCAGAGGGAGGGGAGGCAGAGGGAGGGGAAGCAGAGGGGGGGAAAGCAGAGGGAGGGGAAGGUAGGAGCGGGGGGAAAGCAGAGGGAGGGGAUGGCGCAUCCCUGUCUGAAGGCUGGCUCCCAUCGCCUACCAUGGUGGUGCAGAGCCCGUUCGGGGUUUGCAAGCACCUAGACGAGCCAGGAACGGGGCAAGCGGAGGAGAGUGGGGACAUGGAUCGGGUGUGGGAGGAGCUGUACGUGCAGAGGGAGUGUGCGUCGCUGCCGUGCUCCCCCAGGGAGGCCAGGCGGGCCCUGCCCGCCCUCAAGCGCCUGCUGACCGUCCGCCGGGGGGACUCUGUGCUGCGCACUGACAGCCGUGACAGCCUUCCCAGCCCGGACAGCCGCAGCAGCUUCUCACCCCGCGCCGCCGUCGGGAAUGACGGCUGGCAGCAGCUGGGGGCGGCGGGUGGGGAGGGAGACGUCCCGCGACGGUGGCGGCGGCGGCGGAGUGGGUCGGUGGAUUCUGUCGAGAUGGGGGACUCGGGUUUCUCACACAUAGCUGCGAGCGAACUCGCCCUGCGCCAGUUGUUGCCGCCCUCGCAAAGCCCGCCCUCUCAACGUCUCUCCUUGCGCGUUGAAGAGGGCAAUGAUGCAGGGUGGCACGGGCAGCCAGGGGUACGGAGUGAGAGAGUGAUUCCAGUGGCCCGCUCCGUCCCAUCGCCUCUACAGCCACCCUCGCCUCUACAGCCACCCUCUCCUCGCCUGCCGGUGGUGCGAUCUACCCCGGUCAUGAGCUAUGAGCAUCCAGCACUCACCUACAUCAAUGCACGCACCUACCUCAAUGCAUUCACCUACCUCAAUGCACGCACCUACCUCAAUGCAUUCACCUACUUCAAUGCACUCCGCUUCAUCAAGGCAUUUCCCUCCAUCAACACAGCUGCCUCGGUCAAUGCAUUCCUUUCAGCCAAUGCAGUCUCUGCAGUCAAGGCAGUCACCGCAGCCAAGAUGGCGGGUGACUAUCUUCAAGAGCAGACAUCUUUCCGCGGCGCAUCCUUCAACCGAGGUUCAAUGAGGGAUCUGAUGGGUGUUGACUCGGGACGAAUCAGAGACGAGAGUUCCGCGUCGCAACGUGAUCCCUGCGGGUGCGGAGCUCUCGAGGCGUCGGCGUGCAUUUGUAGCACCGGCGUGUCUUCCCCCUCUCCUUCCGCGCGCAAAUGCUCGACCAAGCCCAGCAGCAGCUUCCGCUUCUUCGCGUCGCUCAACCGGUCCGUCAAAAUCGAGAUCCCCGACGAUACCCUUCCGCACCUGCCGGUUUCGCAGAGCCUACCAGAUCCUCCCACAGACUCCGCCGCUCUUUGCGGUGGUCGCGACCCGAGAAGCACGCUGGAGCUUUUCCAUUCGUCGUCGCAGCCGCCGCUAUGGCAACCCAGCUCGCCCGUCGGCGUGCGCAGUCAGUACGCGGAUGCGAUUCGGGAGCGCGCUCGGCGCGCAAUGGCGUCGCAGGAGGCGAUGGACAGCGCGUGGGAAGACCUGCACGUCGCACAGGUCGCACAGAGCACGCCGACGUCGCCGUGUCGGUCGCCCGGCGCCAUCAGCAUGGUGUCGCCCAAGUCGCUCAGGCGAAUGCUGCUAGCGCCCGUCCUCGCGUCCACGUCAGCGCGCAAAUCUAGCAGCGCAGCGGGUUCGUGCGAGAAGGAGGCGCGGGGGACAGGGUCUGCGCGCGCCAGUGCGCCGAGAGGGGGAGGGUCCGCUGUUGAGCGCGAGAGCGGGCGGCGCACGAGCUCGUUGAAGGGCAGCGCGGAGUGCCCUGCCCGCGUGGGUUGGCCAGGCGGGCUGUCUAGUAGAGAGCCCGAGAAAACGCAGAGCGUUUCUAGCCCUAGGAUGGAUCGAAAUCUAACGGUGGACGUGAGGCGCGCAAGCGAGAGCACCGCCGGUUGCGCGGACCUUGACUUUUUCUCCUCCGAGUGGGAAUUCCCGGCCGCGCAGAGCGUGCCCUGCGCGCACAGCGGGGGGGAUGCGGAUUCCCCCCCGGACUCCCCGCGCGCGGUCUUCGGGCACAGCUGCAUGCCUCCCGCCAUCUCCGCCGGUCUCCGCGUAAUCUCCUCCCCGCGCGCCUCAUCUCCGCGCCUCCCCUCCCCCCGCUCCCCCUCGAUGCGCCUCCCCUCCUUCUCCUCCCUCUCGCAUUCCGCGACCCCCCCGUCCCCGCGCUCCCCCUCCCGCCACGUCCCCUCCUCCUCCCCCGCGUUCCCCUCCCCGCGCGCCAAGGGCAAGGCCUCCCCUCCCGCCCUCCGCAGCGCGCACUCGUGCUCGGGGCCUCUCAGCCCGCAGGUUUCGCGGAAGGUGCCUGCGUGGGAGGAAGAGGAGGUGGCGGUGGUGGGGACGCUGCUGGCGGCAGGCGCGGGGGAGAUCGCUGUGCCCGCCGCUGGCGCCAAUGGGAGGAAAUAG